AUGUCGACUUCAACAGUAUUAUAUACUAUUCAAACAAAUCUAUUUAGAUUCGGUGGUCCAAUAUUAAUAUUAAUUGGUAGUAUUAGUUGUAUAUUCAAUCUAAUGGUUUUUACAAAGUCUACUCUACGAAAAAAUCCAUGUACAAUCUGCUUUAUAGCUGUGAAUAGUCAGAAUUUAAUCUAUUAUUAUGUGGCUGUCCUUGUGACGACACUUAGUGUUGGUUACGAUGUCGAUCCAAGUUCAAUAAGUAUUCAUUUUUGUCGAUUUCGUUUUUAUGUUGGUUAUGUAUUUGCAUCUUGGGAAGCAACUUGUAUUAUCUUAGCUUCGAUCGAUCGUACAUUAGUCACUUCCUCAAAAGCCAAUACACGGAAACUUAGUUCACGUCGAUUAAUUUUGAUCAGUUUGAUUAGUUUAGGUUUGUUCUGGAUGAUUUUUCAUAUUCAUGCAUUGAUCUUUAUGGAAAUUGAACAGUUUGGACCAAAUUAUUUUGUUUGUUACUAUCGAUCCGGUGCAUACACUUUAUUCAUUACUUAUUAUUUACUUUUAAUUAAUGGACUUCUGCCUCCACUAACAAUGGCUAUACUUGGAUUUGUAACAGUGAAUAAUAUUCGUCGAGUUGGUCGUGCAGCAUUGCGUACUGAAGCACUCAAUGGAGCUACUGUAACAAUUGGAAGAAAUCAUACACUUCAAUCCAAAGAUCAUCAACUUAUUCGAAUGUUACUUAUGGACAUCACUAUUUAUGUUAUUUCGAAGACUCCACUAGCAAUCUUCUACAUUUAUCAACAAAUUACUCAAUAUCAAGAAAAAAGUCUUGAACAACAAGCAAUCGAAGAAUCAAUUCUAUACUUUACAUAUUUUCUGUUCUUUAUUGAGAACAGCAUUAGUGCUUACACUAAUAUACUCGUUUCAAGCACUUAUCGUACGGAAAUCAAACGAAUACUCUUCAAUAGUCAUUAA